AUGCAGCUGCCCGACCGACCUGACGCCAACAUGGAGCAGCUCACGUGGCCGCAGUCGCCGCCGAUGACGAUCCCGAUGGGCCCGAUGACAUCGCCGCGGACGCUCGCGCCGGCCGUCGACUUUCUCAUGGACGCCGUGUCGCCGCAGCUCUCGUUUGAGGCCCGCGAAGGCCAGAUGCUCGUCCAAGCCUACUACAUGCAGUCGCGCUCCCGCGUCGACUCGCUGGACCCCAAGGAUCAUUACGCCGGCUACGUCUUUUCGCCGCAGGCCACGCGAAGUUACCGCGACGACGACGACGACACGAUCUUCCGCCUCGAGCUAAUGAAUGAAUAG